AUGGUGGGGAGGGAAAGUGGGAUUAAAGAAGAGGAAGAAGAAGCCAUGGUUGAAGUUAAGUUACAGUUGCAGGGGAGAGAGUUAAAAAUGGAUUCUUGGGAGGAAAUCACCGUAAAGAUUGCUGAAGAAGCAGCAGAAGGCGUCAAUGACCAGAAUGACCAAAAUGACCCAAUUGAAGCAGAAGGUGUCAAUGAAAACAGUGACCAAAAUGACCAAAAUGACCCUAAUGAAGAGCCAAUAGCUGUUUCUGUGCAUAGGGAGAGACCCACUGUUUCAAAGAACACUGGAGGAUGGAAACUUGCAACUCUAUUAUUAGUUAACCAAGCGCUCGCAACCCUAGCUUUCUUUGGAGUUUCAGUGAACUUAGUGUUGUUCUUAACGAGAGUGCUUGAUCAAGAGAGCGCCACCGCAGCUAACGGCGUUAGCAAAUGGACUGGCACUGUCUACCUCUGCUCCCUCAUUGGGGCAUUUCUUAGCGACUCCUAUUGGGGCCGAUAUGUGACUUGUGCCAUCUUUCAACUCAUUUUCGUACUGGGUUUGGGGCUACUAUCCCUAACCACGAACCUAUUCCUCCUAAACCCGCCGGGGUGUGGCAACGACGUACUAGACUGUGUGCCAUCAUCCAUCAAAGGUGUGACAAUCUUCUACCUCUCCAUCUACCUCAUCGCCUUGGGCUAUGGCGGCCACCAGCCGACGCUCGCCACCUUCGGCGCCGACCAGUUCGACGAAUCCAACAAGAAAGAGGUCAACGCGAAGCCGACCUUCUUCUCCUAUUUCUACUUCGCUCUCAAUUUCGGCUCUCUGUUCUCCAAUACCAUUCUCGUCUACUUUGAGGACUCCGGCCACUGGACGCUAGGGUUUUUGGUGUCCCUUGGCUCGGCGGUGCUGGCGCUGGUUUUGUACUUGCUUGGAACAAAACGGUAUCGGUAUGUGAAAGCGUGUGGGAACCCUCUGUCCCGCGUCGCGCAGGUGUUUAUGGCGGCGGCUAAGAAGUGGAAAGUGCCGCCGGCGAGUGGAGAUGGGCUGUUUGAGGUCGAUGGCCCUGUUUCUGCCAUUAAAGGUAGCCGGAAGAUUCUUCAUAGCAAUGGCUGCAGGUUUUUGGACAAGGCGGCGACGGUUACAGAGGACGACACAAGGGAAUUGAAGAAUCCAUGGAGUUUAUGCACAGUAACGCAGGUCGAAGAAGCCAAAUGCCUAAUCAGAAUGCUCCCGAUUUGGUUCUGCACCAUCAUGUACUCCGUCGUCUUCGCUCAAAUGGCCUCUCUGUUUGUCGAACAGGGCGACGUAAUGAACUCCACUGUCGCCAACGGAUUCCGCAUUCCGGCCGCAAGCAUGUCCGCCUUCGACAUCUGCAGCGUCCUCAUCAGCACCGGCCUAUACCGCCAUGUCCUAAUUCCUCUCGCCGGCCGUUUCACCGGAAAACCUAAGGGACUGACAGAGCUUCAAAGAAUGGGGAUCGGCCUCGUAAUCGCAAUGCUCGCGAUGAUCGCCGCCGCCGUAACCGAGACCAAGAGGCUGAAGUACGUAAUUCCAGGAGAGAAACAGAGUUCUCUGAGUAUCUUCUGGCAGGUUCCUCAGUACGUUCUUGUAGGUUGCUCUGAGGUUUUCAUGUAUGUCGGCCAAUUGGAGUUCUUCAACGCGCAAUCGCCUGACGGAAUCAAGAGUUUAGCGAGUUCAUUGUGUAUGGCGUCGAUUUCGCUCGGAAAUUACGGCAGUAUCUUGCUGGUGAACGCGGUGAUGGCGAUUACAACGAAAGGGGAAGACCCUGGGUGGAUUCCCGAUGACUUAAAUUCCGGCCAUUUGGACAGAUUUUACUUCCUAAUCGCGGCUUUAACGGCGAUUGAUCUUCUGAUGUAUUUGUACAAGGCGAAUUCGUACAAAGCUAUUCAGAUCGACGGCGCUCCGGCUAAGGAGCGCGGCGGAGGGAAGGAGCCGGAGGAAGAAGAUGAGAUUGUUGGUAGAGUAUAAUUAGUUAGUGGAAGAAGUAAUUUGAUUAAUUAAUUAUUUUAAUUAUUGUGAUAAUUUGUCGAUUUAAUAAAUAUACUGUAAGUAACACAGCUGUAGCAUAAUUUAUGUAAAUUGUAAAAAUAAUAUCUUACAAAAUUUUGUA